UGCCUCGAGCUUUUGUGCUCUCUCAAGCUUUUACUAUUCGCGAAAGCACACUUUUAUUUUUCUCAUAUACCUAUCUCCUGGAUCAUGGCUUCUCAAAUUUUAUGCCUUAAUUGAUUCGACUCAUUGCGCGCAGAGAACUUGGAGGGUGUGAUUGAUGAGUACUGGAGAUACAUACCACUGCUUAAAGCUGCACUAAUCAGAGGCGACUGGGACACGGCCAGUAGAUUCUUUGCCCAAGACGAUAGAGCUUUCACAGCCCCAAUCACCGACUUUUCCGAGACAGUGCUCCACAUAGCAGUUGGGACUGGAGAAAGUGCAAUCCAUUUUGUGGAGAAGCUGGUGGAGUUGAUGCCAGUGGAGGCCUUGAGACGGCCUGACGGUAUUGGUAACACCGCCCUUCAUGCGGCUGCUAAUGUGGGCAAUACGAGGGCCUCUAUCGUGUUGGUGCAAAAAAAUCCUGAAUUACUCUACAUCUGCGGCCAGGAUAACCUAUUACCCCUCCAUUGCGCUGCUAUGUAUGCUUGCAAAGACACCCUUUUGUUCUUAUUGGAAGUUACCAGGGAUGAUCAUGUGUCUAUGCCCUUCUCAAAUGAAAAUGUUGUUCGGCUUGUCAUUUACGCAAUCUCCUCCGGAUUCUAUGGUAAGUCGAUUUCCCAAGAUGUAGCCCUCCAGCUGGUGCAACGCUAUCCCCAAGUAGCUACAUUAAAAUAUGACAAUAUGUGUGCUUUGGGAGAGAUAGCUAGAAAGGCAUCCGCAUUCCCAAGUGGUAGUCGCCUGAAAUUUUGGCAACGCGUUAUCUAUUGUUGUGUUCCUGUGAAAUUGCAGACGUUCGUCCCCAUCGAAGAUCCCAUGAGCAGAGCUAGAGGCGACCUUGACAAUCCAGUUGUUGCUAACAGAAGAUCUCAAGUGAUUGUGCACAAGCUCAAUUGGGUGCCUCUCAUCAAACACAUCCGAGAGCAAAAACAAAUGCAUCAUGAAGCACUUACACUACUCAAAUGUGUAUGCGAGAAGAUUAGAUCUUUACGUAACUCAAUGCAUUUCAAGUCAUUUGCCGAAGAUGCACUUAUUAGUGCAACAAGGUUAGGGAUUCACGAGGUUAUAGAAGAGAUCGUGGAUUCAUAUCCCAAGUUAAUUUGGAUGAGGGACAAUGACAAUCGUACCAUAUUUCAACGAGCAGUUAUAGAACGCCAUGAAAAUGUGUUCAACCUCUUAUAUCAAAUGGGUGAUUAUAAACGAUAUCUCAUGUUGGUUCAAGACAAAAAUUUCUUGUUGGCUCAAGAGAAUCAUGAGGACACUAUUCGAGACACUAUGUUGCACUUAGCCGGAAGAUUGGCACCCCGAAUAAAACUCGAUCUUGUUCCUGGUGCAGCUUUGCAAAUGCAACGUGAGUUACAAUGGUUUAAGGAAGUGGAGAAACAAGUACUGCCCAUGUAUAAGGAGUGGGAAAACAAUUCUGGAGAAACACCCGCAAUGGUCUUCACUACUGCGCAUGAGAAAUUAGUAGAGGAAGGACAGAAAUGGAUGAAAGACACUGCAAACUCGUGCACAAUUGUGGCAGCACUCAUCGUCACCGUGGUAUUCGCAGCCGCAAUCACUGUUCCUGGUGGUAACGACAACACCGGGCUUCCCAUUUUCUCCAAAAAGACAGCAUUCAUUGCCUUUGCUAUUUCUGAUGCAAUCUCUCUCUUCACGUCCACCACUUCUCUGUUGAUGUUCUUGUCCAUCCUUACUUCUCGUUGUGCUGAAUCUGAUUUUCUCUAUGUUCUUCCCAAGAGAUUGAUAAUUGGCCUAUCAACCUUGUUCCUAUCCAUAACAACCAUGAUGGUGGCCUUUAGUGCCACACUCUAUCUUUCGUUUGGGCAAGAUAAGUUGUGGAUACUUAUUCCAGUGGCCGUACUAGCCAGUUUACCAAUCACGUCCUUUGUGUCACUUCAAUUUCCCCUCCUUGUGGAUCUCAUUUCAGCAACAUAUGGUUCUGGCAUUUUUGGCAAGCAAAGUGAUCGGCCCUUUUAUUAAGAUGAUUACCAUUUGUAG